GAAUUUUCUUGUUAUAUAUAGGCACUUCCAAAAGAGUCGUCGAAUAGUGAGCAUUAAUUUCCACGCUGUAGGCUAUAUCAUUUAAGCUUUUCCAGGUAACCAAUUAGUUAAUAGUUACAUCUCGGACCCACUGGUUAACAAUGGCAGAUGAACUAGUUCUUCGUAUGCAGAAUGAGCCAGUUGGAGAACACCGGCUGACGCAUGUUCCUUCUAAAGGUGAUGAAAGCUCGAACGUUCUCGAUAGCUCUACACCACAACAAGUCAAAAGAAACAGUUCAACAAGUGAAGGAUCAAAGGAUAUCAGCAGGGUCUAUCAGGUUUCAGAAACAGAAAGCUCUGGUCAUGUUGAUAGAAGCAAAGUCAACGUGGGAACCGUCGACGAUGAUGCUGAUCGAAGCCCAGACUAUGAUGUUGAUGGAUGCCAAGACCGUGAGGGAACUAUCAAUGAUGAUGUCGAUAAAAACCAUGGCUAUGAAGGAACCAUCGACGAUAAUCAUGACGAUGUUCAUCGAAUCGAAGACUGUGAGGAAUCUAUCGACGAUGAUGUGGAACCAGACACCAUCCCUUCCAAUCAAGGACCAGGGUUUGUGAACUUUUCUUACGGUGGACACCAACUAGAUCAUAGAGGGGCGUUCGCGCAGGUGCCUCCAUCAAGGUCAAAGACAUCAGGUUACUUGGACGUAGAAAGAGAACCAUCGACCAUUGUCCAACAGAUUGAUGAGAUGUACCGCUGCAGGAGACAGUUUGAUGAAGCUAAUCAUCUCCAGAUGAUGGAUAUGGUUGCCAUCCUCAUGCAAGAGAUGGAGAUGCUUUCUCUCCAGAACAAAGACCUCAAGCAGCAGGUGAGGUGUCUCAAGGAAGAGAACAGCCACUUGCGGAAAUCAUCUGGUGGUCUUGUGAAGGAGGUUGGUCAGUUGCAAGAGAGGGAGAUGCUCUGUCUUCAAAACAAAGAUCUGGAGCAGCAGGUGAAGCGUCUCAAGGAGGAGAACAACCACUUGCGGAUAUCACCUGGUGGUCUUGUGAAGAAGGUUGGUCAGUUGCAAGAGACAGAGAUGCUCUCUCUUCCGAACAAGGAUAUGGAGCAGCAAGUGAAGCGUCUCAAGGAGGAGAACAGCCUCUUGCGGACAUCACCUGGUGGUCUUGUGAAGGAGGUUGGUCAUUUGCAAGAUACGGAGAUGCUCUCUCUCCAGAACAAAGACCUCAAGCAGCAGGUGAGAUGUCUCAAGGAGGAGAAGAGCCACUUGCAGACAUCACCUGGUGGUCUUGUGAAGGAGGUUGGUCAGUUGCAAGAGACGGAUAUGCUCUCUCUUCAGAACAAAGAUCUGGAGCAGCAGGUGAAGCGUCUCAAGGAGGAGAACAGCCUCUUGCAGAAAUCCUCUGAGGAUCUUGUAAAGGAGGUUAAUGGGUUAUAUCAGAACAUGAAACAGGCGGUAGAUAGAGUGUGUUACUAUCAGGAAAGGUUCAAAGAAUUGGAACUUCCGCAAGCAGAAAAGAGACACAUAGAAACAGAACCCAUAGGUGCUGUUGAUAUAUCUGAUAAAUCUGAUGCAAAUUCGUAAUCUGUCUUCUUCAUUUUAUUCUAAAGCACAACGGGUUUUGCAGGUUUUUCACCAUCCCAGUAUAACUUCCUGUAUGAGCUGCCAAAUGGAUUUCUACAUCAAGUAUCAAGUAUCGAAAUAAAGGAUUAGUAGACUGUUCUUCGGCCUCCUUUAACGCUAUAGGAGUUAGAAGCAGCCGAAUUGGACACUAUGGUGGAAAAACGCUCACCCAUCACUUUUGAUUUUUCAUUAUCAUUUUAAAAUGUGCACCCGGAAUGUGAACAUCUAUAUCGGGCGAAAUAGGUUGAGAUUGAGAUUUAUUUAUUUCCUUUAACACAAUACAAUCAAAGUAAAUACAUGUAUCCAAUUUGUAGGGGAAAACUUCCAAACCAACCUUCUUUUUUUGACAGGGGCGGGGCUAAUACAUUACAGAAUCAAACUAGAUGAGUUAACCAAUUAUAUUGAAGAUCAAUUUAAAGACGUUCUUAUUAGAUUCAGUACAGGGGCCGCGCAACGGUUUUCAAAGUGUGGGGGGGGGGGCUGACCAUGCAAAAAAUCACAAUCCUAUGGUCAUUUUUACGUUUUUGUACACGGUUUUGGAAAAAAGUGGGGGCUGAAGCCCCCCCCCCCCCCUCCCCCGCUUCCGCGGCCCCAGCCUGCAGUAUAAUUAGUAAUUUGCUCUUAAUUCUCUGUUAUCGGUUUUUCCUGUCAAUAUUGUGUUCAUUGAGCAUGUAAUUAAAAAAAAGGAACUGGCGCCUUGUAAACCAAAUAAUAAUAUAUCAUUUUCAUCAUCAUUACUGAAGUAGAAGAAGAAGAAGAAGAUUGAUCUGUGUUUAAUUUGCCCUGGUUUAUCAUAUUUUGUAAUGAGAUGUUCAAAGUUAUAGUUUCUAAUUUUAUCACAUUUUCUUUUUAUACUUAUUCUAUUGCUGUAUUUUACACUUUGAUUUUUAUUUCGAUCUUGCACUUUAUAUUAUUGAUUUGGUUCAUUGGAAAACUUGAUG